AUGAUGUCGUUCCCACUGUACCACCCAAAGAUGAGCUCAGCGACUAAGCCGACCCUUCGUUCUAAGCUUGCGCUGUGGUGCGCACUGUGCUGGCGGGUGUCAAGCGCCGCUCGCGCAGCUGUGCCCCGCUCCUUCACCCUCUCCCUCUCUAGCUCUGCACACGCAGAGGUAUGGAUGGCGGCCUCGGUGCCGACGAGUGGCCCGGACGUUGAAUUUCCGCCGAACAGCGUCGUAUAUGAGCGUGAAAAGUAUAGUCUUCCGCCAAAGUCGUUCUUCAGCAGGAACUGGUACGUUGGCAUCCUCAUCAUUGUGCUGGUGGUGCUCGCCGCUUACAUUCUACUGGCGGUGUGGGUUUGCUACCGCCUGGAGUACGCGGAGCAGCGAAAGGCGAAGAAGGUGGUGGAGCAGGCAUACGCGACGAACGGCUUCUUCGACCUCGACCGCUACAUCGGCCGCGGUGCGACGGGCAUUCCGGCGGAACAGUGUCACCGCAGCAGCAAUAGCUCCGGGACGGCACUGCGCAGUACUCAGCUUUCGAGGUUGCUCGAUGAACAGGAAGAGACCUAUGACUCGUACAGCAGCAGCGACAGCUCGCCUUGGUCGGAAAGCGACGAAGAUGCUGUGGUUCACGUGAACCCGCUUCAGCCCCAGGCAGAAGUACUGAGGUAA